UUGGGAAAUCAGAGAGAAGAUGCAGUGAGCUUAAACAGUGAUCAUUCAGCUCUGUCCAGCACAGUCUCUGCUGCAAGCACAGAAAUAAACCAUAAAGCCCAAGACAAUUAUAGAGAAGUAAAGUCAGAGCAUAAAGAAAAAGAUGAGAAUAUUCAUGACCAUGGCUCAUCAGAUGACAUGAAAUCAGAUGACGAAGGAUCACAGAGUGACAUGAAAACUUCUAGAGGCAGGACGAGCAGUAUUAAUGAAGAUGAGGAUUUAAAUCCAGAACAGAAGCUUGAGCGAGAAAAGGAGAGGAGAAUGGCAAACAACGCAAGAGAGCGUUUGCGUGUUAGAGACAUAAAUGAAGCUUUUAAAGAGCUUGGGCGCAUGUGCCAGUUACAUCUUAAGAGUGAAAAACCACAAACAAAACUGCUAAUUCUUCAUCAGGCUGUAGCCGUCAUUCUUAAUCUAGAGCAGCAAGUCAGAGAGAGGAACCUCAAUCCCAAAGCAGCCUGCCUUAAAAGAAGGGAAGAAGAAAAAGUUUCUGCCGUAUCGGCAGAACCCCCAAAUACACAUCCAGGAGCUCAUCCUGGACUUAAUGAUACUACCAACCCUAUGGGUCAUAUGUAA